AUGGCCAUGUUGAAAGUCACAGCGUUGAUCUCCAUGGUCUCCAUGGUUGCAGGGCAUGGCGAGGCGCCAUCCCACGCUGGAUGCUUUGUGAGCAAUGGCACUACCAUGCUGGCAGUUAAGCUGACCUAUGACGGCUACAAGUUCGACAUCCCUGGAGGCUGCACCAAUGGUCGAGAACCAGCCACCCGAACCGCGGAGCGCGAAACCUUCGAAGAGUCGGGCUACCAGGUGUCGAUCGGCGAGUUGUUGACCACAGUGCGCGGGGGUUUCCAGAUCUACAAGUGCUACUUGCAGGGAUCCAGUCCCCAGAAGGGCCCAGAUCAUGAGGUGUCUCAGGUAAGGUGGAUGGAUGCGGGAGAGAUUGAUGCACAUUUGCAGCACCACGAGUGGCGAUACCAAGAUCAACAAGCAUAUCUCUACCUGGACUGGCUCCUGGGCAGGGAGAACAAUCCUCACCGACGUCUCAUGGUGCAGGCAAACUUUGCAGGGGUACCCCUCCAUCAGAGUGAAAAUUCACCUGACUUCGAGUGGCAGAAGAAGCGCGAAGAACUCGAAGCGGCCGCUCGGAGCGCGGUCCAGGAGCUUCAGGCGCUGGUGACCUCGGCAGAGGCUGCAGCCGAAGGGGCGCACUACACUGCGGCUCCAUUGGCUGGAGACAAUGAGAUGGAGAUCAUCGAGGUGCUGAAGCUGUGCAGAAAGGUCGAGAAGACAGGCAGAUCCGCCAUGACGUCGUGUCAGUCCUGCAUCGAUCUGCUGGCCAGCAAGAAAGCGGUGAUCGACGAGGCAGAGAAUAUCGAAUCCGAAACCUCUGCCGCGGUAUCUCAGGUGCAGCCUCGGAUCCAAGCUGCCUCGAUGCUGGUGUCGGAUGCCUUAGCCAAGGCGAAGGACAACAAGGACCGCAUCGCCAAGCGAAUAGCGACCGCGAAACGCACCGAGAAGAGGGCUGAGCUCUUUGCCAAGUACGACCAGGACAUUGGGUCCUCAUCACCUAACGCAGCUUGUUUUGGCCAAAAGGGAACAGCCCGCGGUUACCUCGCCGCCCAUCUCCGAAUGCCUCCGCAGCGGCUUCCACGUGGUAUUUUGCCUGGACCCUGGGCGCUGCCUGAUGGCAUCGACGUGCCGGAAGGUACUGAUAUCAUGCAGUUCUGUCGGGACCUGGCUGAAAGUGGAGCAGAGUUUGCGGAGCAGUUCGAUCGCGAACACCCCAAGUUUCACCAGGGGAAUCCCACAGCGGUUCCCUUGGGUGGAGACCGUAUACCUGAGUCGCUGGCGGCCGCGAUGGGUGGAGAGGCGCAAGUGAAGAACUGGCGAGACCUGCCAGAUGCGCCACUGAGCCUGGAGGACGACUAUGGACCGGAGUACAAGAGAUUAAUGGACGCGCAUCGAACUUUAAACGAUUGCAAGAAGGCGAUCGCCGUGGUGAACAAGCCCGUGGAGAUCGCCAUGAAACUUCGGGUUCAGUACAAAGAGGCUGAGGGUGAGGACAAGUCGGCCUAUGAAAGCAGACUCAAAGGUGCAGAAAACGACCGCGAUGGGGCACUGGAAGCUGCUACAGUGACCAUCCUCAACAUGGGAUCGGAUGUGAUCUCGGAUCGCUGUAGGAACUGUGUGGAGGAUGUCGUGAAGAAGGGGAAGUUUGAGUUUAUCGACAAAGAGACCUACGGCGAGUAUAUCCAGGUCUUGAAGAGAGCCAAUCAAGAGAUUUUCAUGGAUCAGAAGAGAAUCCUACAGAAGAUCAAGGAGAUCAAAAAAGCUGUCAAGGAACGAAGCAAUCGCGUCGAUGAGGACUCGGCAGUCCAGGCAGAGGCCGCGCCCGGUGCAAACAAUUUGCAACUAGGAAGAGGAUUGGCUCUUCCAAGUGCGGCAGAGGAGUUUUGUUUCACGGAUCUUUGGUGCAGGACGGUGAUGGGCUUUGGAACCGGAAGGAGAUUGCAGCCUAUGCCAAGGGCGAGUUUGACUUCGACAUGCCCGAGGAGAACUUGGAUCGAAUUAUGCGACAAGUUUGUGGAGGCAAAGGCGCUCCCAGCUUGGAUUUUGGAGGUGAAAGGCCUGGCCAAGCGAGAGAUCCGCCUUGAAAGGGAGCGCGUCGAGCAAGAGGCCCGCGAACAGCGCGAAGCCGAGCUCCGUGAGCGACGGGCGGAGUUCUCGGCCGAGUGCAAGGACUUGACGGCGGAGCUCAAGAACUUGGAUCCCGACGUCCAAGCCGCUGAGGGUCUCUCGGAGGCGCUGGUCCAGGACGCCAACUCCGAGAUGAGGGAGGCGGACGAGGCAAAUUCUCGGCUGAAGGCCAUUGAUAGCAUCGUUCAAAGCACGCAUGCGACGAUCGCCUCCAUCCGAUUGAAAGCGCAAGCAUUAAGUGCCAAGGUGCAGGAGGAUGAGCAGAUCGUCGAACUGAUGGCCAAAGAGCUUUCGGCGUUGGCUGCGAAGAGCGAGCUGCAAGAUUUGUUGCUGCGGAAGGCCUUGUCAUCGGCAGAGCAAGCACGACAGCUGGUGCUGAAUCGCGCCUUCGAAAAGUACGAAGCGUUGCGAAUGGAGGUAGCAGCCAAGUUGAGGGUGUGCAUUGAAGUCCAGGGCGGCAAGGGAGCCCAAAUUUUUACCACAAAUCACCAGUUCAGCAAAACGCAGCCCGACGAUCUCUACGACACCAUCAAGACGGCUGGAAGCAAAGUCAGCAAGAAGACCAUCAAAGUUUAUCUCCAAACCAAUCAGUCCCUCAUCGACGAUGAGCGGCUGGACGCGGUGUUUCCCGGUGCCCCAGUGGCGGACGAGGAACCAGCAUCAGCCCUGCGCUAUCUUUGGACAACGUUCUUCAUGAGGGACGAUUCUCCCAAAAAGAACAGGGACAUUUCCGUGGGUUCUGGUGGCGGGGUCAAUUGCCCUUUGGGAAAGCUCCUGGGUUGGAAGUUUACCUUAAAAAGACCGUUUAUGCGUUGCUCGUUGCCGCGUUGCCCAGACCGGGAAGACUUCAUGCGGGUGGUGCGGAUCUACUACAAGGUGGUGAAGGAGAUCGUGCUGUCGGACAAUCUGCUGAUUGAGCAGAGCGACCAACUGCGCCGCAUGGACGUCGGAGAGGUCAUGGAGGUCUUCCAAGGUCCCAUGUUGGAUCCCUCAGUGGGCGUCUAUCGAAUCCACGGCAAAGCCAUCCGCGAUGGCAUCGUGGGUUGGGCCACAGAUCACCUUCCUCAUGCCAGACGCCACCUACGCUCGGACUCAAAUGACUGGAAGUUGAAGCAGAUUGCAAGGUCAGCACCAAAGCCCAGCUGCAAAAAGCGUGUCCCGAGUUGCGGCGCGGCGGCGCUGCUAUGCCCUCUGCUGGAACAGCUCAGUCCCAAGGUUUAUGUGGCGUUUGGGGCGCCCAGUGAGUUCGGGAGCACAGGAUUUUCCGGGGACAGGUUUUGGAGGCAGCUGUCCUACACCUCUGCGGAGAUUUAUCAGGAGCUCUUUGAAUUGAAGGCCAAAGGAAAAUUGCUGGGCAGCUCGGGGCAGGAUGGCAAUGGAUGGCACUCAGCUUCAAGGCCUGGACUGGGGCCCUUGGGACACGAAGACGACGAGGAGGACAAAGUGGACGUCAAGAAGGCUGCAAGGUAUCUCCAAGCCAAGCUGAACCGAGCCCGCUUGCGCACCAAAAUGAUGGGCCUGAGGGCUCAGUGUAGCUGGUGGCGUUUGGAGGGAGCUGUUUGGAGCUGUUUGGAGCGGAACAAGUUGGCCCUGGACGAAUAUGAAGAGAUCCUGGAGUAUGGCCAGAGAAAUCCUGAGGUGGUCGAAGCUGAUGUGAACAUGAGUACAGAGAUGCGACUCUGUGCCGAGAUGGUUUGGGUGGCCCAGCUUGGAAUAAUUUGGGCCGAAAUCCCGGAGAUGAAGCAAAAUGGGUCACAAACCUUGACUGGUUUCAAGGGAGGUUUUUUGUAUGACACCCCCCCAAAAAAGAAAGAACAGUCACUUACCAUUCUUUUAGUAGUAUUGUAUUAUAUUGUAUUUAUCUAUCUAUCCUUUUUGGGAGUUACCGUAGUUGUUCAGCCAAUCAACCAGUACCUUUGGCAGCUGACAUAA